AGAAUUGUGGUGGUUCUGCACAAUGCCGGGCCCCGUCGUCGAAGAGGAGGAACAGCUCACCUCCGUCAAGGAGCGGCGUAAACUUCAGAACGAUGAGCCCGUAGUUGAGGAUGUUAAGGAUGACGACGAGGACGACGAUGAUGAUGAUGACGAUGACGAUGACGAGAAGGACGACGGAACCGAAGGUGAACAAGGUGCAGGGACGAAUGAGAGCUCAAAGCAGAGCAGAAGUGAGAAAAAGAGCCGUAAGGCGAUGCUAAAGCUGGGGAUGAAACUUGUUAUGGGUGUUAGUAGGGUCACAAUUAAGAGGACCAAAAAUAUAUUGUUUGUCAUCUCCAAACCUGAUGUAUUCAAGAGCCCAAAUUCUGAAACAUACGUCAUAUUUGGGGAGGCAAAGAUUGAGGAUUUAAGCUCUCAGCUGCAGACACAGGCUGCCCAACAGUUCAGGAUGCCAGAUAUGGGAUCAGUAAUGGCAAAACCUGAUGUUUCUGCUGCCGCGGCUGCCUCACAGGCUGAUGAGGAAGAGGAGGAGGUCGACGAGACAGGGGUGGAGCCCCGUGAUAUUGAUUUGGUGAUGACACAGGCGGGAGUGUCAAGGGCCAAGGCUGUCAAGGCUCUCAAGACACACACUGGGGAUAUAGUGGGCGCCAUUAUGGAGCUCACCACAUAGGUAGGUUGCAGAUCAUGUCUUGAUAUCUUGCUCUAUUGAUGAGUUUUUUGAACCCAAAAGUACCAGUUAUCAUCGGUGUCAGAUUUAUUACAAUUUGAUGAUAUUGGUAAAUCAUUAGCUUUCUAUAAGAUUUUGAACAAGUUAUAAGCUCAGAGAUUUCAACACAUUUUCCCCUCCAUGUAUGUUUUGCUUUCAUUUUGGUCAAAGAAAAUUGAUCUCUUUUAUCUUUGGUCAAAGAAAUACGUGUGAUGGAUGUAAUGUGAGGGACAUUGCAUGGUA